AUGCUGACUCGAUCCCCGCCGAUCUCCCCCCGCUUCCGCUCCCCUCUCGGCGACUCCCCGUUAGCCUCCCCUUUCGCCGCAUCUCCCGCCGCUACUCCCGCCGCCAACUCCGCCGCGUCUUCCGCCGGCUCCGCGCGUCACGGCGGGCCGAAACUGGUUCUGGUCGGCGUGACUCUGCACCAAUCAGGAGGCUCCUUUUGGGGGCUGCGCGGAGGAAGCGGAAAAGACGCCGGGGGAGGCGGAGCGGGGAGUGCGGGUGUGACUGUAUCGAAGGAUGGACUGGCGCUUGUGGAUUUCGCUUUAUCGAGGCUGGUUGUACCGGGGGAUAGAGUGGUGGCGCUGGUGAUACAAACGGGGGGGGAGAGGGAGCGGGGGGAGCGGGGGGAGCGGGGGGAGCGGGGGGAGCAGGGGGAUAUAGAGGCGCGGAGGUUGGUGCUGUCAGCGCUGCAGCCACUGGCGGAAGUAGCUUCCGCCAAGCAGGUGAGGGGGAGUUGCGAGAGACAGGGGGGGAAGGGAAAGGGGAGUCCUGGAGGAGGUGAAAGAGGUUCGAGUGGAGGUGUGUGUGUGCUGGGCGGCAGACGUGCCCCAGGGCCUGCUGCAGGGGGCAACGCUGGGUGCAGGGAUAGUGGUGCAGUAAGGGAGGGUUCACUCAUUCCUUCCCUCUGCUCUCACUCCUCCCAGCAACAGGUUCGAGUGGACGUAUGUGUGUGCUGGGCAGCACACGUGCCCCAGGGUUUGCUGCAGCGCGCAUUCACCCUGGGAGCAGAGGUCGUGAUUCUCUGGGGGGCAACCGCUCACGCCUUCCUUCCCACGCUUUCCCCCUGCCCUCCCUCUCUUUCCCAUCUACAGGUCAGGGUGGAGGUGUGCGUGUGCUGGGCGGCCGACGUGCCCCAGGGGCUGCUGCAGGGGGCGUUGACGCUGGGAGCAGGGAUCGUGGUGUUGGGAGCGGCAAAGAAAGGAAGCUUGGGCUUCAAGAGUUCCUCCAUCUCCUCAGCUACCCAAGAAACCGUCACUCUGCUCGCUCGUCGUCUCCCCACCACAACCAAACUCAUGCUCGUCUCACAUGGCGCCUGCUCCCUCUCCAAAUCCGGAGAGCUCUCCACCGCUCCCAACCCCUCUCCCUCCCCUCUCCACCCUUCCGCAUCGCCUGUUUCCCCCCUCUCCGCCCUAAACACCCCUUCGGCUGUCUCUGCUGCUUCUUCUGCCUCAUAUACCCCCUCCCCCGGUUCUGCCUCAGACCCUAGGGAGUGCCAGGCGGGUGGUUUUGGGUCUGAGUUUGGGGUGGGGAGCGGGGAGAGAGAGGGGGGUGGGGAGGGGGAGGGGAGGGGAGGUGGUGAGAUGAUGGAGGUAGAUGGGGAGGGAAUGGGUGGUGCGGAGGGGAGUGGGGGAGGGGAAGCAGUAACAGCAGCAACACCACCAGUACCAUCAGCAGCACCAGCACCAGCAUCAGCAGCACCCGCAGCGCCUACCCCCUCCCCCUCCCCUUCCCCCAUCCCUGCAGCAGCAGCAGCCGAUGGGGGAUGGAAACAAGACCCCACCGUCCUCAUCGCUCCCAACCCUCUCAACCCCUCUGCUGACCUCCUCCCCCCUCCCCCGCCUUCGGAAAUACUCCGGGAGGUGUACGGGAGAGAGGAGUAUGGGGAGCAAGAGUUUACACUUGAACAGAUUCUUAAAGCCACUGAUAAUUUCAACCUGACGAAUGUUCUAGGGGAGGGCGGAUCUGGGCAGGUUUUUUUGGGAACGAUUACAAUGGCGGUCCCAGAUUUUGGGGGGGGAGUGGGAGGGGGGGGAGCGGAAGGUGGGAGUGGGAGAAUGAAGGAGAUUUUAGCGGGCAGCAAGCAAAAAGUUGCAGUGAAGCGGCUGCGGUGGUGGGGGCCUGCCCUGGCCGAAAAAAAGUGUGCGGUCAACACGAAACAAUUUCUCACGGAGCUUCGGGUGGUCCGGAAGGUUCGGCACCCGAACCUGCUGCGCAUGCUCGGCGCGUGCGUGACAGCUGGCGAGCUCCUAAUGGUCUUCGACUACCUCCCGAACGGCGCGCUCGACAUGCAGUUACGGGAUAACCGCAAGCCGCCGCUGACGUGGCAGCAGCGGCUGGAGAUUGCGAGUGGGGCGGCGAGGGGUUUGGCGUUUCUGCACAGUGGGUGCCGCCCGCCUAUCAUUCACCGGGAUGUGAAGUCGGGGAAUAUUCUGCUGGAUGAGGACUUGGAGCCUGUGGUAUCGGACUUUGGGUUGGCGAAAGUCGCACCGGAGCAUUUCACACAGCCAAUGACUGUUACGGCAAUCAUGGGCACACAAGGAUAUGUAGCACCGGAGUAUGUGCGGACAGGCAAGAUCACACAAGCGGUGGAUGUGUUUGCAUUCGGAGUGGUGUUGCUAGAGCUCAUCACAGGGCACAUCCCCUUCCACCCAAGCAGAACACCCGCAUACCUCUUUGCGUGGGCAAUCCCUGUGGCCAAAUCAGGGGAAUUUCAUCGUUUAGUGGACUAUCGCCUAGAGGGGCGGUACGACCCGAGUCAGCUGCAGGCAGUGGCGAUGCUGGCUGUGAUCUGCCUCGCCAGCAACCCCAAGGACAGACCCGCCAUGGCUGAUCAUACUCUCGCCGCGACCUACGCCGUCGCCGCCGUUCCCCCCCCCUCCCGCCGCGAUUACGCCUUCCUCGCCUGCGGAUUCCACCGCCGCGAGCGCAACGCCGCUGUCCCCUCCUCCCCCCCCGCCGCGACCCCCUGUCGCCGCCUCCCCUUCUCGCCGCCGCGCCUGAUUCGGCGCCGCCUGCGCAUCCUGCCGCCGCGACGCCUCGUCGCCGCCUGCCCGCUGCCCGUCCCUCCGCCGCGACGUCACGUCGCCGCGUUCCCGCCGCCGCGCCUGCUACGGCGCCGCCUGCGCAUCCUGCCGCCGCGACGCCUCGUCGCCGCCUGCCCGUCCCUCCGCCGCGACGUCUCGUCGCCGCGUUCCCGCCGCCGCGCCUGCUUCGGCGCCGCCUGCGCAUCCUGCCGCCGCGACGCCUCGUCGCCGCCUGCCCGUCCCUCCGCCGCGACGUCUCGUCGCCGCGUUCCCGCCGCCGCGCCUGCUACGGCGCCGCCUGCGCAUCCUGCCGCCGCGACACCUCGUCGCCGCCUGCCCGUCCCUCCGCCGCGACGUCUCGUCGCCGCGUUCCCGCCGCCGCGCCUGCUUCGGCGCCGCCUGCGCAUCCCGCCGCCGCGACGCCUCGUCGCCGCCUGCCCGUCCCUCCGCCGCGACGUCACGUCGCCGCCUCCCCUUCCCGCCGCCGCGCCUGCUUCGGCGCCGUCUGCCCGUCCCGCCGCCGCGACAGCUCGUCGCCCCCUGCCCGUCCCGCCGCCGCGACCUAACAUCGCCGCCUGCGCAUUCCGCCGCCGCGACUGCUCGUCAUUCAGCCGCAACUGCACCCUCCCUUCCUCCUCUCCCUACUCCUCUCCCCCCCCCCUCCCCCUCCCCCUGCGCCCCUCGUUGCCGCGGCCUGCCUGCCGCCGCCGUCCCUCGUUUCGCCGCCGCGGCCCUUCCGCCGUCGCCUGCGCCCCUCGUCGUCGCGGCCUGCUCGCCGCCGCCGCCCCCGACUUUGCCACCGCCUCCCCUUCCCGCCGCCGCACGUUCGCACAGCCGCCUGCGCCCUUGUCACCGUCGCUCCCUGCACCUUGA